AUGGCAGAUCCGAAUGUUAUUGCUAAAAUCGAAGAAAGUUUCCAUAAAUUACAGGAAGCAAAAGAUUGUCACUCUUUGCUCAAGAAGCAUUUAUCAAAAGCAAUCAUUGAUGAGCUAAAAAAUAAAAAGACAAAACUUGGUGCAACACUUUUAGAUGUUAUACAAUCCGGUGUAGCAAAUCUUGAUUCUGGUGUUGGCGUAUAUGCACCAGAUGCUGAUUCUUAUACUCUAUUCAAGCCAUUAUUCGAUCCGAUCAUUGAAGAAUAUCAUAAUGGCUUCGGAUCAAACCAAAAACAACCGGAAAUCGACCUUGGUGAAGACAAAAUAAGUUUGCUCACUGAUUUGGAUCCGGAAGGAAAAUAUAUCAAUUCAACCAGAGUACGAUGUGGACGUUCGCUUCAAGGCUAUCCUUUUAAUCCUUGCCUUACGGAAGAAAAUUACAAAGAAAUGGAAGACAAAAUCAGAAAAGUUCUGUGCGGAUUCUCUGAUCCGGAACUGAAAGGAACAUAUUAUCCAUUGACUGGAAUGACAAAAGAUGUUCAGAAACAACUUAUUGAUGAUCAUUUCUUAUUCAAAGAAGGUGACAGAUUUCUGCAAGCCGCAAAUGCAUGCCGAUACUGGCCAGUUGGAAGAGGUAUUUUCCACAAUGAAAAUAAAACUUUCCUCAUAUGGAUCAAUGAGGAGGAUCAUCUACGCAUAAUAUCCAUGCAAAAGGGUGGUAAUGUUGGACAAGUAUUGCAACGACUUAUUAAAGGUUUGAAGACAAUUGAAAAAAGUUUACCGUUUUCAAGAGAUCCACGCCUCGGUUGGCUUACUUUCUGUCCAACAAAUUUAGGCACUACAAUACGUGCCUCAGUACAUAUACGUCUUCCGAAGAUUAGUGCAAAACCGGAUUUCAAGAAGAUAUGCGAUGAAUUAAAACUUCAAAUACGUGGCAUUCAUGGAGAACAUUCUGAAUCAGCAGGUGGUGUUUACGAUAUCUCAAAUAAAGCUCGUCUUGGCUUGACGGAAUUUGAGGCUGUUAAACAGAUGCAUGAUGGCGUAAAACAACUCAUCGAAAUGGAAAGGAAGGCUUAA